AGAGAUGUGGCGCAAGCUCGUGUAGGACUAACAUCGCAGUGCUGCUGUCAGAGGCUUUUGCUGUUCUUAAACGUUUCUUGGAUUACUUAAUGGUGAAACCUUUGGCUGUGUCAGCAAAAUGGUCUUUCCCUGGUCUUCCAUCUGGGAUUUAACAAAUAGGAGAGUCAUUCGUUAAGCUGAAGGAUUGUUGUAAAGCCAUUUAAAAUGAAAUCCUCUCAUUGUUUGAGAAUCAUUCGGCAAAAAAACCCACUUGAAAAUCUCCCCGUGUGGCCUGUCUGAAGACAGAUGUCGUUUCUGGUUUCUGUGCCUGCUUGGAAAGGAGAUGUUUGCUGCCGAGGAGAAUGUAGAUUUUCGGAUACACGUGGAGAACCAGACGCGAGCGAGGGACGACGUGAGCAGGAAGCAGCUUCGGCUCUAUCAGCUCUACAGCAGGACAAGCGGGAAACACAUCCAAGUGCUCGGCAGGAGGAUCAGUGCCAAAGGAGAAGAUGGAGACAAAUAUGCCCAGCUUCUAGUGGAAACAGACACUUUUGGCAGUCAAGUCCGGAUCAAAGGGAAGGAGACAGACUUCUACCUUUGCAUGAACAGGAAAGGCAAGCUAGUGGGGAAGCCUGAUGGCACCAGCAAAGAGUGUGUCUUCAUUGAAAAAGUCCUUGAAAACAACUAUACGGCACUGAUGUCAGCGAAAUAUUCAGGCUGGUAUGUUGGAUUCACCAAAAAAGGGAGGCCACGGAAGGGGCCCAAGACCCGGGAAAACCAGCAAGAUGUACAUUUUAUGAAGCGGUACCCAAAGGGGCAAGUGGAGAUACAGAAACCUUUCAAGUACACAACAGUCACCAAGAGGACUAAGAGAAUACGACCCACCAACCCCAGUUAAAAAUAGACAAAAACCAGUGUCACAAUAAUAAACCACACACAAAAAAAAAAAAACUGCACCAGAGGAAUAUUUUUACAUGAAAAAUAAGGAAGAAGCUCUAUUUUUGUACAUUGUGUUUAAAAAAAAUAAAAAUAAAAAAAAUUAAUAAAGACUAGAUGGCAAACGCUGGGGAAAAGCUGUUAGGGAUUUAUUGUGACUUGAAAAAAAAAACGAACUGCUCUAUUUAAAUUGACUUCUUGUUGUUGAUGACACACAGGUGCUUAUUUCGCUUUUUUUUUUCGGAAAGGACAACUUUUCAAGCGUAUCCCCAGAGGAGAAAACAAAAAGUAAUUAUUAAAAAUAAAUAAAUAAAACCAAAGAAAACCAAAGUUCUUUUCCCAAAGUUACUGAGACCCUGCCCCGAAAAGUGCCGGUUUUUGCAGUAAUCUAUUUAUUGUCUGCUGCACGCCGGCCCCAGACAAGAUGGUGUGUGCCGCAGUGAUUGAGUUUCCGUGGAGUUCUCGACGCAUCGAUCUUCUGUAACCUUUCUGACGACAUAAGGUGUCACGGCUCCGUGAUCCUGCAUUAUGCUCAGUUCUGGAGAAUGCUGCUAACUACAUUCAAGUGACUACAAGAUGACCUAGUACACCAAUGAUAAGGGAAUAUUUUAAAACCAGCUAUAUUAUAUAUAUUAUAUAUAUAUAAGCUAUUUAUUUCACCUCUCUGUAUAUUGCAGUUCCAUGAACCAAGUAUU